AUGUUGGACAAAAGAAGAAUUGGUGGAUCAAUUCGAAAAGAAAGGAAGGUUAUUCCGCGUGGUCUCCCUCACCAUAAAUGUAUGGAGGUGGAAAAAAACGCACUUUUUUUAUUCGGCCCCGAGACCGGUUUUCAUUGGUCGAGCUCCGAAACAGAAAAAGUCCGAGCGUUUUGGCCCUGCCGUUUCGUGUCAAGGUGUUUUUAUUUUUGCCUCUGGUUUGGCACUCCUUUCACACAAUCGGCUCCGUCUCUAGCAUGUAAAUUUUUCUCCGUAGCCUCUACAUUUUUUUUUUCCUCUUUUUUGGGAGGAGAAAUUGGCAUUCAGAUUGGUCCGGAUUGGGCGGCCUUUUACCGACUCCUGCAGAUAUCCCGGAAGCUCCAUCGCUUCAACAACAGUACUAUAGACAGUGAGGGUGAGGGUGCAUGGAAAGCGGCUGGGCCGGCUUGGGAAUGUGUGUUCAUGAGAGGGAAGGAGAAUUAA